GUCUUGGUGGAGACCCCCGGCCUGCGCUACAUGCUGGAGAGAGGCGUGGGCAAUCACCUGCCGCGGGGACGCUGCGCCGAGGGGAUUUGCGAGUGCUUGCCGCCCUUCCGUGGCCCCAGCUGCCAGCUGGAGGAUCAGGGAACUCGCGAAGGGAUGCUGAAGGCGGCCAUGCACUACAUCACCGCGGAGACGGAGCGGGACUUGCUGGACAUCGAGCGCUCGCUGAAGAGCCUUUGGAUGGCCUUCAACUCUGGCCCUGACUAUCCCGUGGUGGUUUUCCACGAAGGGCUGACACAGAAGGCGCGGCGCCGCAUCGCGGCGGCCUCGGAGAACCGGAUCUGGUUCGCCCUGCUGCCGCGUUUCAAGGAGAUCCCAGAGCAGUGGGCAGAGGCGUCUUCGCAACGCGCUGCGGACUUCUCGGUGGGCUACCGCGCCAUGACGCGCUGGCGCUCUGGGCCCGUGUUCCUGGAGCCUGCGCUGGCAGGCUUUGACUAUGCCAUGACGCUGGAUACGGACUCCUACUUUCCAGCCACUUUGGGUUUCGACCCCUUCGAGCUUCUCAGUUCCACAGGCUUAAAGGCCAUCUUCCCCCACCUGGGCCGUGAAUCUGCCAGCGUGGUCGUGAACUUCAUGCACUACUUCCUGCUCUACUGCCGCCUUCAUAGCCUCGACCCACGCCGAACAAGGAUGCUGGCGGCUCUGAUUGAGAAGAACUUCAAGUGGUAUCAGCAGUGCCUCAUGCUGGACAUCGAGAUCUUGCGCCUGGAUUGGUUCCGCAGCGACACCUAUCAGGACUUCUUCCGCUACAUGGACUCUGUGGGCGGGUUUUGGCUUCAUCGCUGGGGCAACAACCCAGCUCGGGCGCACCAGUCAUUCAGGGCCGGGAUUGUUUGGCAGUUUCAAGGGAGACCAAAAGCAGAAUCGCCAUGUUUGGGGCGCGCCUAUGUUUCACACAGACCCUUGAGCAUCGGUCAAGAAUCAUUGUGA